AUGUUUCCGGCGGAUCGGAGGUUUUUUCUCCUUUACUCCGAGAUUCGCCUUUUAUGAUCUCUUUCUAAACCUAAUUUCUUCUGUAUUCAUUUUUUAUUUAAUUUUUCCCCAAAGUUUCAGUUUUUUUUUCAAUUAGAUAUUCUUUCCACGAUUGACCCUACCAAUCAAAGCUUUCUCCCAAUGCAGUAACCCCCUUUCGAUUUUUUGUAACAACUAACGAACGCCCUUUAUUGAUCACAGUUUUCCCCACCCGUUAUUAUUUUUUUCUGUGGUGUAAAAUCUUUGUCGAUUGUUCAAAGACUGUGAUCAUUGUAUUUAUGAGGUAAGCAGAGCAUUUCUAACUGGUAGCAGUUUUGCAGUAGAGAUGCAGCUUUUAGUCCGGGUAAUCGAAGCGAAAAACAUACCGGCUCUUGACCCGAAUGGGUUUAGUGAUCCAUAUGUAAAACUGCAGUUGGGGAAGCAGAGGUACAAGAGCAAAGUUGUGAAGAAGUGCCUGAAUCCAUCGUGGUGUGAGGAAUUCAUUUUCAAAGUCGACGAUUUGAAAGACGAGCUUCUGAUUUGUGUUUUAGAUGAAGACAAGUACUUCAAUGAUGAUUUUGUUGGCCAGAUCAAAGUGCCGGUCAGUCAGGUUUUCGAAGCUAAAGACAAGUCACUCGGCACUACUUGGUACACGUUGCAGCCGAAAACAAAAAAGGCCAAGAACAAAGAUUGUGGCGAAAUUCUUCUAACAAUUUGUUUCUCGACAAAUAACACAUUGUUCGACUUUCCAUCCUCGGGCGAUCCUGUAGUACUGCCAAGAAAGUACGCCGAUUCGAUUUUGGACUCACCCACAAGGUCUUCCCCUCGAAGGACAUCUUCUCCUAUGAGGGGAGAAGACUUUUUCACUUCCAAGGAAGAAAAACAGCCAGCACCGACAUUUGCUGGUCGGUUCGCCCAAAUUUUCAACAAGAAUGUUGUCGAUUCAGCUUCUGUGACUUCCACCGAAGCUACCGAUCAAUCGGACUUGCCCGAAACUUUGGAUUCAUUCCUUGAUAACAAGUCAGAAGAGCAAACUUCGUCAGUCGAUUUCGAAGAAUUAAUGAAAAAUAUUACGACGAAAGACCAAGGAAGCGAAGUUCCUAGUACUUUAACCGGAGGGGUAGUUCUGGACCAAAUUUACGCAACCACCCCUCAAGAAUUGAACUCACUACUCUUUUCUGAUGCAAACUUUCAGAAAUCUGUAGCAGAUGUACAGGGCUCUACAGAUUUGCAAAUCGGUCCCUGGAAAUAUGAAAACGGCAGCGAGAGCGUACAGAGAGUGGUUUCCUACACUAAAGCUCCGAGUAAACUGAUUAAAGCUUUGAAAGCAACGGAGGAGCAAGCGUUUAUAAAAGCCGAUGGUAAAGUAUUUGCCGUUUUAUCCAGUGUGAGCACACCGGACGCACCAUACGGUAAAACUUUCAAGGCCGAAGUGCUUUACUGCAUUACUCAAGGGCCCGAACAGCCAUCCGGCGAACAGUCUUCUCGGUUGGAAGUUUCUUGGCGGAUGAACUUUCUGCAGAGCACUAUGAUGAAGAGUAUGAUAGAAGGUGGGGCGAGGCAGGGUAUAAAGGAAAGCUUUGAGCAGUACGGGAAGGUGCUGACUCAGCAUGUGAAGCCGCUCGAUCUAAAAAAUAUAGGCUCGGAGAAGGAUCAGAUGCUGGCUUCUCUGCAGGUGGAAAGGCAGUCCGAUUGGAAACUGGCGGUUCAGUAUUUUGCUAAUUUUACUGUGGUUUCGACCGUUUUGAUGGGGUUUUAUGUGCUCGUGCAUGUGUGGCUGGCUAUGCCUAGUACGGUUCAAGGCCUUGAGUUUGUCGGUUUGGAUUUGCCUGAUUCGAUCGGUGAACUGAUUGUCUGUGGAAUGUUGGUUUUGCAAGGGAAAAGGGUGCUCGAGUUGAUGUCUCGUUUUAUGCAGGCCCGAGUGCAAAAAGGGAGUGAUCAUGGAAUCAAAGCACAGGGAGAUGGGUGGUUGCUCACGGUUGCAUUAAUUGAAGGGAGCAAUUUGGCGGCAGUUGACUCGAGUGGGUUCUCUGAUCCUUAUGUGGUGUUUACUUGCAACGGAAAAACGAGAAGCAGCUCCAUCAAGUUUCAGAAAUCGGACCCUCUUUGGAACGAAAUUUUUGAAUUUGAUGCAAUGGACGAGCCUCCAUCUGUGCUGGAUGUGGAAGUUUUCGAUUUUGACGGCCCUUUUGACGAAGCGACUUCUCUUGGACGUGCUGAAAUUAAUUUCUUGAAAUAUAACAUUUCCGAUUUGUCGGAUAUUUGGAUUCCUCUGCAAGGAAAGCUGGCUCAAGCGUGCCAGUCUAAGUUACACUUAAGAAUUUUCUUGAACAACAAUAGGGGUACCAACGUCGUCCAAGAUUAUAUAACUAAAAUGGAGAAGGAGGUGGGCAAAAAGAUAAAAUUACGUUCUCCUCAAACAAAUUCAGCAUUCCAAAAGCUUUUCGGGCUACCACCAGAGGAGUUUCUCAUCAACGACUUUGCUUGUCACUUAAAACGAAGAAUGCCUCUACAGGGGCGUCUUUUUCUGUCAGCAAGAAUAAUAGGGUUCCACGCAGAUUUAUUCGGUCACAAGACGAAGUUUUUCUUUCUGUGGGAAGAUAUAGAAGACAUUCAGAUUAUACCUCCGACUCUGUCAUCAAUGGGCAGUCCAAUCGUUAUCGUGACACUAAGGCAAGGUAGAGGGUUCGAUGCACGCCAUGGAGCAAGAACACAAGAUACUGAAGGCAGGCUUAAAUAUCAUUUUCAUUCUUUCGUCUCGUUCAAUGUUGCUCACAGAACAAUUAUGGCACUGUGGAAAGCCAGAGCUUUGACCCCAGAGCAGAAAGUACAAAUCGUAGAAGAAGCAGCUGAAGCGACAACUGUACAAACAGCCGAAGAGGAAUCACUUGCCAAAAAUCUCCAAGCUUCGGAAGAGGAAAUCGAGGCCAGAAGUCUUCAUGGAGUCGACGAAGAAUCCGAAACAAAAAGCCUUCUUUCUGUUGAGAGUGGCUCUUUUCUUGGAGUUGGGGAUGUUAACAUGUCUGUCGUCUAUUCGUCCAUGCUCUCUCUUCCUACGAGCUUUUUUAUGGAGUUGUUUAGGGGGAGUGAAAUCGACCGAAGAGUGAUGGAAAGAGCUGGGUGCUUGAAUUAUUCUCACAGCCCCUGGGAAUCGGAAAAGCCCGAUGUUUACCAGAGGCAACUUUAUUACAAAUUCGAUAAGCAUAUAUCUCGUUACAGAGGUGAAGUGACUAGCACUCAGCAAAAGUCUCGUCUUUCUGGAAGAAACGGUUGGCUUAUUGAAGAAGUCAUGACCCUCCAUGGAGUUCCACUUGGCGACUAUUUCACACUACAUGUAAGGUAUCAAGUGGAAGAUUUACCGUCGAGAUCGGUAGGGUGUAGUAUUCAAGUGAACUUUGGAAUUGCGUGGUUGAAAUACACGAGGCAGCAAAAGAAAAUGACGAAGAAUAUUGUGUUGAAUCUGCAGGAGAGGGUUAAGGUCAUGUUCAGUGUUUUGGAAAAGGAAUAUGUUUCUGGUGCUUAGAUUUGAUUGAUUUUCGUCGGGUUUGGUGCGAAAAAGAACAAAAAUAAAAGAUGGAAUAAAUCUCGAACUCUGCCACGAAACAAAAUAGGUUUUGUUGUUGUACAGUUGAAUUGAUAUGGCUUGUGAUUGUAUAUACACGGAGAAGAGAGUUUCGGUGCAAUCGAGCCGUUGAUUUUUUUUUUCGUCGGGGACUCGAAGGGGCGCAGUUGUGCUGCUGUUGGAGAAGGUUGUAUAUCACACAUCACAGAUUUGUUGUAUGAAGUAUGAUUUUCAUUAAUUCUUCGAAAACUAAUCGAAGCCGGAAAACCUUUAGCGCAAUUAGUGAUUCGAAUGUUGUAUUCUACAAUGGCUUCAGUGUAACAGAUUUUUUUUGACAUGACAUUGUUUCGGACAUGAAAUUGUAUUACAAGAUAAUUUGGGAGUUGACUUUUUCAAUUUU